AUGAUGGAGAACGAUCUCGAACAACUUGUUCUUACGCUUCUUGAUGCAUCUUGGUCCAGCAAUACAAUAACUAAGUUGACUGAUAUUUUCGAAAAACAAACUUCUCAAACGAUACCGUCAUUUGUCUCUGUAUCAUUAAAGUCUUUACUCACUAUCGAACAAUGGGCAUGGCAAAUGCUCAGUAAAGAUUCAUGGCAAGGAAUCGAUUUAGAUAAUUGUGUCAAACUCUUUCAUGUACUUCAUUCAUUUAAUAUCAAAUUAAUUUUGAAUAAUGACGGAAUUCAACCUGAUACAAAAAUAUCACUUUUGAUUCCAUCUAAUAUUGAUUGGAUUGAUGGUAUACUUGAACAAAUUGAAUCAAGCAGUGAUACGCUUUUAACAUUUGCCAGUUUAUGGUUUGAUACUCUGUCAUAUUUAGCUCAACAACUUUCUGAAAUAGUCUAUUCACCAACAAUGCUUCACCUGAAUAAUCGAUUGAGUCGUGAUUUUAUCAUGACAAAUCAAUACAAAUUCUAUUUAAAACAACUUUGCGAGCCAAAUCCUACACAAUCUAUAUUCACUGCUAAGCAACUUUUCUAUAUGAAAACAUGUUCAUUUUCAUUGAAUGUUUAUUUAUGGUCAAAAUCACAAAAUUUUGCUUUCACCAGCGAAGAGAUUAUUAAAUUUCUCAGUGAAGAUUAUUCACGAAUGAUUCUUGUGCACAGUUACACUAUGGACUCAUGGAGUAACGAAUUACUUUCUUGUAUUGCACAUAUCAUUGGUCUCAUAUGUUCAUCGUGUUGGUGGGGUGGACAAAAGCCUCAACAUAUUGAAUUUAUUGUUCCAUCGAAAGACACAACAUAUGAACAUAUUUUUGCACUUAUUCGUCUUGUUAGUUAUCAUCCUUUUCAUCAACGUAUUUCUGCUCAAUUAUACAAUAAUGAAACUGUUCUUAUCGAUGCAAGUUUAAUUUUUUUAUUUGGUGUAGUAGAAACAUAUGAUUUAAGUUGUUUUAUAAGUUCACAAACAAAUUUACCUGCAACACUUUGGUUGAUAGCACAAACAUCAUCUUACGAUCGAAUUCGUGCUUGUGCCUAUGGAUUUCUAGCUGAAAUUCUUUCUGAUAAACAAUUGAAAGAAUUAAAAAUUAGUGAUAAUAUAUGUGAAUUUUUCUUCUAUAUUCUUGAACAAGCAUGGAGUCAUCCAACAAAGAAAUGGAAAAAGAUAACGAUUCCAUAUUUAUUAAAAGGUAUAUUUAUUAUGACGUUUUUUUUUCUCCUAGAAGAUAUUCGAACUAACUAGCCUAGAGUGUAAUUACAAUGAGAAAAUAGUUAUAUUAAUUGAAAAUGUACACCUACAAUGGGAAUCUGUCUUGGUGACAAUUAAUAAGAAAGCAGUUCAAGUAUCGAAACUUAUCACAAUGUCCACUGAAAUUUACAAACAAAAAUAAAUAUGAAUCAACUUUUUUUCGUAUGAGGUAGAAAUAUUAUUAUACAUUUGUAACACGAAGAUUUGACAAGCACAGUGUACAUACUGAUGGUUAUAGAUGUUAUAAUAACGGGUGUCCCAGAAUAAAUUAUACCAUUCGUAUUUUGAGUAUAACUCUUCUAUUAUCCAUUAGAUCGGGACAUCUUUUUAUACUAAAAGAUGCAGCGUGAAAAGCUCUACAAUUUACC